AUGAAGGCUUCAUUGUUGAUGAUUCUUACUCUUUUUGCAUUCUCAUCCAGCUUAAGAGUAUUCAAGCCUAUGUUUUCUCUUUUAGAAAAAGAAAAUAACUCUGCAGGAAAUCUUGAAGACACUAAUGGUACAAAAUUAGCCGUUGGAAGCUUAUUUUUAGAGACAAGCUCUGAGCUUUUAGGAAGCAGCGCAGACGGCAGCUCUAAAACUGGCAGUGACUCAUUUUUGGAGAUAUCGAGAAAAGAUAAUUCCUUUUUACAAACUGAAUUAACUAAAGGAGGAACACGGGUAGGUGAUAUGGUAACUAAUGGAGGAUAUAAUGGGAAUAGUAACUCUUUCUUGCAAACAGAAAUUGAGCUAACUAAAGGAGGAACACGCUCAGGAGACAUAAUGUCUGGGGAUGGCUUUAAAACUAGCAGCGAAGAUUUUUUUUAA